CGACUACGAAGAGAUCGAAGCCAACUACAAAGGCAAAGGUGCUUUCGGCACAGUGUGGAAGGUCAGGAUCCACCGCGAUCAUCGAUCCUUCAUAUGCAUGAUGGGGAUUUUUUCGCCAUGAAGGUCACACCCCAUGAAGGACGGGAGCAAGACUACCAUCGUCAGAUGGCAGGCCUCAACCACCCACACCUUGUCAAAUGCCUCGCCAGCUUCACCCUUGGGGCUAAGUACCAGAUGAUAUACGAGCUCGCCAGCUGCGAUCUGGAAGAGUUUAUGCGUGAACGAUCAAAGCCUUCCAAGCACCCAGAGCUGACAAAGGCUUGGCUUGCACAACAACUAGCAGGUCUUGCCGGCGCUCUUAAGGUCGUCCACAAUCCUCAAGGCCUGCUCAACGUGCCGAAUCCGAAUACGACGAGGACCGGCUACAUGCAUGAUAUCAAGCCCGAGAAUAUCCUUGUGUUUAUCUACAAAGGCAAGGUCUGCAUCCUUCGGUUAUCAGACUUCUCGUGCGCCAAGGUGGUGGAGAUUGUUGCUACCAUCAGCGGCAAGCGAGAUAGCUACAAGACUGGCUCAAAACCCGGUACUCCCACAUAUCGUGCACCGGAGAUCUCUGAGAAUGCAUCUUCAAGACCCUACGAUAUGUGGUCUCUGGGUUGUGUCUUCCUCGAGCUGCUUGUGUGGUACCUGGAAGGAUAUAAGGCUCUCGAGUUGUUCCGAGAAUCUCGUGAGGGUUCUGUCCUCCCUAGCGGUGUGGUCGACGAAGGCUUCUACCACAAGACCAGCAAUGGCGAGAUGCAGCUCCGGGAGCCUGUCCUCCGCAAAAUCGAUGAUCUGAAGCGCCAGUGCCGAGGGGAUCUGAAAGACAUUGUGGACGUCGUACCCUGGCUACUAAAGAUCAAGCCUAAGGAGCGAAUGGAUGCUUCGCACUUGGCAGCGAGGCUAGGUCGCUUCAGCACAGUGGCUGGAUCGAAGGGCACUACGAACUUCGCUGGCUCGCUCACGGUGCCUUCGCUCGGAUCGAACAGCUUACCCACGUACGACUCUGAUUCUGACCCGAACGAGUUCAUCAAGAUCACUAGACCGAGUAACGAGUAGUGACUCUUGAGGCAUCGGACUGCCACACAAUUGUGUACUAAAGCUAGAGAUGUAUUCUCUCAGGUGUACUAUAUGGACCAGGAUUUUAUAAGAGAGUGGCUAAUGUUGAGGGGACUAUUCAGUUCAUUUGUGAUACCCCCUUUGCUUACUGCCUUUGGUUCAUUCUCCUACUACCUUGAGGUACAUAAGAA